AUGGAGGACGGAGGCCCGUUUAGCAUCGCCGAGUGGGCGGCGCAGGCCACGCCCGCGCCCAAGCUCGAGCCGAAGGACGACGCCCCCGCGUCGAAGGUCGAGUUGAUCGACCUCACCGACGACGUCGACUCGCCGAGGCGCGAUGGGUCGAACGCGACGACGGAGGGCGGACGGGUCGACGAUGGGGCGACGACUGAUGGCCUGCGACGCGUCGCCGCCGCCGCCCCGUCGACCGCGGGAGAGACCUCCGUGGACGCCGCCCUCGCCGACCUCGUCAAGUUCGCCAAGCUGUACGCCCCGCGCGCGCGGGUGCCCGACCCAAACUCCGAGCGCUUCGCGUCCGCGCGCCGCGCCGCGUCGCGCGCGGACAAGGUCCGCCACCCGACGCCCGUGUCCGGCGACGCGUGGGGCGCGAAGCUCCCGGUGACAAACCCCGCCGACGGCGUCGUCGUCCCGGGCGCCUUCGAGGGGAAAGCCUUCGCCCCGGGUCAGACGCCGGUCGUCACAGCUGUGUUCACCGCCGCGACGAAACCGAGGGGCGUCCUCGGCGCGUACGAUGUCGUAGCCAUCGAGGGCGCGUCACCCCGGGCUGGUUUCGAACCCGGGCACGAGACGGACGGGGAGGACGACGUCUCGACCGACCGACAUCGAACCGCGAUAAACCCGCUGGCCAACGGCGUCGACCUUCGAGACUCGCGGUGCUCGCACCGACAGCUGUGCGCGCUCGCCGCCGAGUCGGUGUCGACGAGAUUGAUGACUCAUCCAACCCCGGCCUCGCCGACGGCGUUCGGCGGACCUUUGCCGGAACGUGCGCGGGCGAUGAUCCCGCUGGUGCGCGCGAUGCUGCCGGGGGACGCGACGACGGACGCGUCCAUCCUGACGGCGAGGGCGUCGGACGAUCACAGGCGUCAGGCGCAGGUGGCGGCGCGGAUGGAGAAGCGAUUUGGAACGGGCGCAUUCACAAAGGAUGCUCGAGGGCGUGUCACCAUCCGGGGGGGGAGGGGCCGAGGGGGUCGGGGGCGGGGUCGGGGGCGGCUGCGGAUGGCGCCCGCGGCGGAUGUCGCGGAGGGCGGGGGGCGCGAUCGGAAGCGGCGGCGGGAGACGGCGGCGGGAGGGGUCGGCGGCGGCGGGGAGGGCGACGACGCCGAGCUCAUCCCCAACCCCGUCGUCGACCUGACGCUCUCCGACGGCGAGGACGAGGAUGCGGAGGAUGACGACGGGGAUGGGGAUGAGCUCGGGGACGAGGACGAGGACGAGGACGAUUUCAUCGACGACGAGGAUGACGACGAGGAGAACGAGGGCGACUUUGACGACGGGGACGAUGACGAUUACUCUGACGUCAACUUUUAG